CCGUAAACUCUGCAGGAGAAGAAGAAAACCAUUCAUGGUUUAUUGUUAGCUUACCUCCUCUGAGGGCUGCGGUGGAAGGCGGUGGGGUUUUCUUUCUUACCCUGUUUCAGGCCAGUGUUUCCGCAGGUGCAGUAAUAAUGACCUUACUUCGGGACCUGAGACAGUUUAUUAACGGCCGACUAACUGCUGCUGCUGAAGAAAUAUUCCUGGAGUUUGAAAAAACGAUCGUCCAGUACGAGGAAGUGAUCGACCGUCAGCGCAGACUGCUGGAUAUCACCUGGAAGCCUCAGAUAAAGCUCCACAGAAUAGACCUCCCACAGCACCAUGACUCCACCAGGGAGAAACUCCCUACAGACCAGGAGAAGCUCUCCAGCCUGGAGCAGGAGUCACAACAUGAUCGUAAUAAGGACGAGGCUCCUUCUGAACAGGAGAACUCCAGCCUGAAGCAGGAUCCUCCUCAGCAACAUGACUGUAAUAAGGAACAGGUUCUUCCUGAGCAGGAGGGGAACUCCAGUCUGGAGCAGGAGCCUCUACAGGUUAAAGAGGAAGUGGAAGAACUCUACGCCAGCCGGGCGGAAGCAGCGCCGCCGCAGAUUAAAGAGGAGCAGGAGGAGCUCUCCACCGGCUACGAGGCAGAGCACCUUAUAUUGAAGGACGAGGACGAUACCUUAAUGGUGACUCUUACCUACGGGGAAAGUGACAGUGAAACCGAGCCAAUCAGCGAGCAGCUCCUGUCUCACAACCCGCCUGCAGCCGAGAGCCGUGAUCAGGAAGAGAGCACGAACGUAGCCUCGGGAUCCGGUGCAGACGCAGAGCCAAAGCCAACGAAGAGACUCGCUAAAAGCAGAAGUCACAGUGACAGUGCAGAGCGCGCACCCAUGUCAGAGAGUCAGGGUAAUACAGACGCAGACCUCGGACCGCGACACCUCUCCAAGGAUGAGGAGGUUCUCAUGAACCAGGAGAGGGACUCCAGCCUGAACCAGGAGGAACCAGCGGCUCGACGGAUCAAAGAGGAGGAGGAGGAGCUCAGCAUCAGCCAGGAGGGAGAGCUGCUCGUUCUGGACGAGGACAGCGACACUAUCAUGGUGACUGUUACGUAUGGGGAAAGUGACGACAGCGACCCAGAACCGGAGCGGGAGCAGCUCCCCUCUCACAGCUCUCCUGUGGCCGAGAGCCGAUGUCAGGACCGAGGCAACCACGUGGAAUCUGGAUCGGCUGUGCAAGCGAUGUACAACAACGUGGACAACGCCCUGAUAUUUAGCGGUCCUGUUUACAUGCAAGGCUUUAGGAACGAACCUCUGAUGAUGCAACAAGACAUAAUCGACCCGGACGAGAAGCCGUAUCCCUGCGAAAUAUGCGGGAAACACUUUCGUAAACGCUUUAAUCUGGAGAUCCACAUGAGGGCUCACACUGGCGAGAAGCCGUUCUCAUGUAACGUGUGCGGGAAAGGUUUCACUCGGAAGGACAGCGUGAUCCUGCACAUGAGGACCCACACGGGCGAGAGGCCGUUUAUCUGCGGCUUCUGCGGAAGGCGGUUCGGUCGGAAGGAUAAUUUGGCCUCUCACAUGAGGAUCCACACAGGCGAGAGACCUCACUCCUGUAAAAUAUGCGGCAAAAGUUUCUGCCAAAGUAACGACUUGUUGCGCCACACGAGGACUCACGCCGCCGAGAAGCCCGUUCCCUGCGACAUAUGCGGGAAAAGAUUUCGGGACGCCUCGACGAUGAAUUUCCACAAAAAGAGGCACAAGUGAGAAGUCCCGAAGUGUUCAGGACUGAAACUGAAAACGUUUUAAUCUUUGUACAAGUAAAACACAUCACCAUGUAUUCUGUGUAACGUCAUAUCUGUCUACCUCUGUUACAUGUGGACUGUUUGGACACAUUUUGUCUUCCUGUGCAUUUUGAAUCAUUUUAGGCUUUAGAGGCGUUACUGACAUAUUACAACAACUUAGGUACAAACUUCAUCUUCCUCUGUCUGGAUAAUGUUUGCUCGCGUCUGCAGCCGCAUGAAGGUAAGGAUAUCUGAGCUGUAAGCAAAAGGUCAGAGUCUGCAUGAAGGUGUGAUCAGAAUAUCUGAAGUAUGAAAAUGCUCCCUGUGGAAGGACGGCCCCAGAAACGGCGUGGUGAUACAGACGUGUUGUGCAUUAAGUGCCAUUGAAGUUUCUUCUGCAGCAGCAGAGGUGGCUGAAUUGUCUGGAUACUAAGGAAAGGUCACACAGUGCUUCCUUCACUACCUCCUUUAGCAGAAGAUCAUUUAGGGCACAGGUGGGGGCCUCCAGGCCUCGAGGGCCGGUGUCCUUCAUCCAACACAGCUGAGUUAAAUGGCUAAAUUAGCUCCUCAACAUGUCUUGAAGCUCUCCAGAGGCCUGGUAACUAAUCAACCUAGCCCUAACUAACCCUGACCGAGGGUGAUAUCUAAAACCUGCAGGACACCGGCCCUCGAG